AUGGAGGCGUCGAGCAAGUGGAUCAAGUCGCUGGUGGCCCUGAAGGCGGCGGGGCACAAGGGCGGGCGCAAGUGGCCGCGGCUGUGGCGGAGCUCGUCGUCCGCCGCGUCCAGGGCGAGCGCCGGCGAGGGCGGCGCGCUCGCGUCGGAGGCGUCCUCGGCGUCGGCCGACUCGUUCAGCUCGGUGCUCGCGGCCGUCGUCCGCGCGGCGCCCAGGGACUUCCGGCUCAUCAGGCAGGAGUGGGCCGCCGUCCGCAUCCAGACCGCCUUCCGCGCAUUCUUGGCGAGGCGGGCGUUGAAGGCGCUGAGGGGCAUCGUGCGGCUGCAGGCGCUGGUGCGCGGCCGGCUCGUGCGGAAGCAGCUGGCCGUCACGCUCAAGUGCAUGCACGCGCUGCUGCGGGUGCAGGAACGCGCCAGGGAGCAGCGGGCGCGCUCCACCGUUGAUGGCAACGGUUCCCAGGUCGCGCUCAACGGCCGUGCCACUUCUACCAAAGACGCUGAGGAACAAUGGUGUGACCGUCAAGGUUCUUUUGAUGAAGUAAAAUCAAAAUUACACAUGAAGCAUGAAGGUGCAGCAAAGAGAGAAAGGGCAAUUGCCUAUGCUCAUUUUUAUCAGCAUCGGAGUUCAAAACACAGCGGAAGGCCAAGCUCUCCUGCUACCUGUGUUAGAAGCCAUGAGUCUAAUAGGUGCAAUCACAACUUGAGAUACUUAGAAGGAUGGAUGGCAACUAAACCAUGGGAAACCAGACUUAUGGAGCGAAAUCAUACCGACUCGCAGUUCGCGAAGAACUGUGAGGAUCUGAACUUGGCUGUCUCUAAGCAUUCUGAUGCUAGCUCGGUGAAAAUCAGAAGGAACAAUGUCACAACCAGGGUAGCAGCAAAGCCUCCUUCAGUGCUGUCUGCCUCUUCCUCUGACUUUGUGUAUGAGGAGAGCUCUCCGUCAACAUCCUCAGUGACUCCAGUGUCUGCCACCACCACCAUCUUAGCAUCAGAAGCAAGAUCAGACAGUGGCCAUGUUGGAGGACCAAACUACAUGAAUUUGACCAAGUCUGCCAAAGCAAGGCUAAAUGGUUGCAGCAGCCACAGAGGGUCAUUCCAGCGACAGCGAUCCGGGGACAUGCCCAGGGUGGCUCUCUCUCCAAUCGACGCCCAGAGCAACGCUGGCUCGGAGAUUUCAGUGACCUCAAAGAGACUGAGCAGCUUGUCCUUGAAAGGCCGAAUCAAGACGAGAAGCUUGGACAAGGAGAAUGACGAUAACCUGGCUCCUUGAUCAAUGGGCAACAAAUCUUAACCACAUAUAUAUUUCUUCCAGCUAUCAUCUUAGUUUAUUGUCAGUACACAUCCAAUCGAUGUUCAAUUCCUGAUUCGCCUCUACCGAUAAAUUAUGUACUUAGGGUUCACAAGGGGGACAUGUGAAAGCUUAAGCCGUUACAUAUCUCCACCUGCUGUCUUGUGUAAAAUAAGAUCUGGUUCUAAUUAGAGUCGUGCAGGAUGUUGAUAGUA